GGACCCCCUCCCCGCCCGGCGCCCGUCCCCGCCCCCCGCCGGCGCCCCAGCUGCCCAGCCCGCCGUGAGGCCGUCCUCGCCCGUGGGGCAGGGCGGGCGCGAGCGGCCAGGGAGCGGCGUCGACGCCGUCCGUUUCUCCGCCGUGCAUUUCUUUCUUCCUUUCCUUUGUCUUUCCCCCCGUCGCGGGCGAGGAUCCGGACAGUUGGUGGACAAAAGUGGAGCCUCAAGAUGGCAGAUGGCAACGAGGAUCUGCGGGCGGACGACUUGCCAGGGCCAGCCUUCGAGGGCUACGAGUCCAUGGAGCUCGCCUGCCCCGCCGAGCGCAGCGGCCACGUCGCCGUCAGCGACGGGCGCCACAUGUUCGUCUGGGGCGGCUACAAGAGUAACCAAGUCAGAGGAUUAUAUGACUUUUAUCUGCCUAGAGAAGAACUAUGGAUCUACAACAUGGAGACUGGAAGAUGGAGAAAAAUAAACACAGAAGGCGAUGUUCCUCCUUCCAUGUCAGGCAGCUGCGCUGUGUGUGUGGACAGGGUGCUGUACUUGUUUGGAGGGCACCACUCAAGAGGCAACACGAAUAAGUUCUAUAUGCUGGAUUCAAGGUCUCCAGACAGAGUAUUACAGUGGGAAAGAAUUGAUUGCCAAGGAAUUCCUCCAUCAUCAAAGGACAAACUUGGUGUCUGGGUAUAUAAAAACAAAUUAAUAUUUUUUGGAGGGUAUGGAUAUUUACCUGAAGAAAAAGUAUUAGGAACGUUUGAAUUUGAUGAAACAUCUUUCUGGAAUUCAAGUCACCCAAGAGGAUGGAAUGAUCAUGUACAUAUUUUAGACACUGAAACAUUCAUCUGGAGCCAGCCUGUAACUACUGGUAAACCACCUUCGCCUCGCGCUGCCCACGCCUGUGCAACUGUUGGAAACAAGGGCUUUGUGUUUGGAGGCAGAUACCGGGAUGCUAGAAUGAAUGAUCUUCACUCUCUUAAUCUGGAUACAUGGGAAUGGAAUGAACUAAUCCCGCAGGGCACGUGCCCCGUCGGCCGAUCCUGGCACUCGCUCACACCCGUUUCUUCAGAUCACCUCUUUCUCUUUGGAGGAUUUACCACUGACAAACAGCCACUAAGUGAUGCCUGGACAUACUGCAUCAGUAAAAAUGAAUGGAUACACUUUAAUCAUCCCUAUGCUGACAAACCAAGAUUAUGGCACACAGCUUGUGCCAGUGAUGAAGGAGAAGUAAUUGUUUUCGGUGGAUGUGCCAAUAACCUUCUUGUCCAUCACAGAGCUGCACACAGUAAUGAAGUACUUAUAUUUUCAGUUCAACCAAAGUCCCUUGUAAGGCUAAGCUUAGAAGCAGUGAUUUGCUUUAAAGAAAUGUUAGCCAACUCGUGGAACUGCCUCCCCAAACACUUACUUCACAGUGUUAAUCAGAGGUUUGGUAGUAACAACACUUCUGGAUCUUAAGGCUUCACAGAUAACGCCUCUGACCACCUUGCAUGGACAGCGAUUCUGUAAACAUCUGAGUGGCAGUGUUGAUAUAAUUAUAUGCAUUGUUGUAGUUUUACAGCUUUUUGGUUUAAAUGUGCAUGUGAAUGGCCUAGAGAACCUAUUUUUGUGUCUAAAGUUUACAAUAAAUGUAUUUAACACCAAUAACUGUCUCCUAAUAAAACAAAGAAAAUUAAUACUUGG